CGGGGCCGUGGGCGCUCUCGGUGCCGCAGCGGCGGUGUCCUGCGUCCGCCAAUUAGGAGACUCGGCGUUCGGCUCCGCGGGCGCGGGACGAGCGGCGCGGCCCGUGCUGGCGAGCGGAGGGGGCGCCCGCGCGCGUCCCUGCGGCCGCGCUCCCCGCGCCGUUUCAGGAGGGGCCGGGAACUGCCGUGACUUUUGAGGUCCGACUCCUUCCGGCCGGCCUCGCGACGCGCCCGCUCGCAGCGAGGCCGGGGCGACCCGCAGGCCCCGAAGGCUCCCGGCGUGGGGCUGGGGCUUGGAACGCGUCCCGGCGCCCGCGGCGCUGUGCGCGCUGGUGAGUUCGCUGGCGGGGUGGGGUGUCCCCGGCGCGAGGGGCGGAGAGGACGUCGCGCUCUGCCCCUUGGCCCGCCCCUAGAGCUGCCCCCACUUUGAGAGUAACUGGGACUUGAGCGUGACUGCGGAGCCGCGAGGAUGCGGGCGCCGGGCGCGGGCUUCCCCUCCGCCGGGUGCGAUGGAGCGGGGCGGUGAGCGGAACAAAGGCGCCCGCCCGGGGUAGCGGGUCCAGGGCCGAAGACCGCGCGCCGCGACGGCAGCCUGCGGACCAGGGUGGUGGCCGUGCUGCCCCAGGCGCGGCGCGCUCCCCGCGGGCGGGCGGCAAACCCGAGCCCGACACCUGCGCGCAGCUCCCGCCGCGGCGCCCGGGCAGCCCCGCUCCCGGCGACCCGAGGGCCAGCGGCGAGCCCCUUGCCGGUGCCGCGGAGACACCCCCGGCCCCCGGCCCUUCGCGGAGCAGCGGAGGCGCCCAAAGGGGCCGAGCGCCGCGAACUGAGCAGGCGUCUCCGGGAGCACUUCUGCACGCCCAGCGCUUCCAUGGGAGCGAUUUCGCUGUCCCCCUGACCGCCCCGUCCUCCCCGCCGUCCCCGCCGCCGGAGCAUCCGCGCUGCGGGGCCGGGAGCCUCUGGGGGCCCCGCCGGCCGCCCGGAGUGUGAGGCUCGCACGGGCCCCGGCUGCCCCGCGCCUCGCCGGAGCCCGAGGGGGCGCGGGUCCGGGGCGAGGGCCGGCGGGCGUGUUUGAUGGCUUCACUGAGAAGAGUCAAAGUGCUGCUGGGCUUGAACCUGAUCGCCGUGGCCGGCUUCGUGCUCUUCCUGGCCAAGUGCCGGCCCAUCUCGGUGCGCAGCGGAGACGCCUUCCACGAGAUUCGGCCGCGCGCCGAGGCGGCCAACCUCAGCGCGCACAGCGCCAGCCCCAUCCAGGAUGCGGUCCUGAAGCGCCUCUCGCUGCUCGAGGACAUCGUCUAUCGGCAACUGAACGGCUUAUCCAAAUCCCUUGGGCUCAUUGAAGGCUAUGGCGGGCGGGGCAAGGGGGGCCUUCCUGCUACCCUUUCCCCCGCUGAAGAAGAGAAAGCCAAGGGACCUCACGAGAAGUAUGGCUACAAUUCCUACCUCAGUGAGAAAAUUUCACUGGAUCGUUCCAUUCCGGAUUACCGUCCUACCAAGUGCAAGGAGCUGAAGUACGCCAAGGAGCUGCCUCAGAUCUCCAUCAUCUUCAUCUUCGUGAAUGAGGCGCUGUCGGUGAUCCUGCGGUCCGUCCACAGCGCUGUCAACCACACGCCCACACACCUGCUCAAGGAGAUCAUCCUGGUGGAUGACAACAGCGACGAAGAGGAGCUGAAGGCCCCCCUGGAGGAGUACGUCCACAAGCGCUACCCUGGGCUGGUGAAGGUGGUGCGCAACCAGAAGAGAGAGGGCCUGAUCCGAGCUCGCAUCGAGGGCUGGAAGGUGGCCACGGGCCAGGUCACUGGCUUCUUUGAUGCCCACGUGGAGUUCACCGCUGGCUGGGCCGAGCCGGUUCUGUCCCGAAUCCAGGAGAACCGGAAGCGAGUGAUCCUCCCGUCCAUCGACAACAUCAAACAGGACACGUUUGAGGUGCAGCGGUACGAGAACUCGGCCCACGGCUACAGCUGGGAGCUGUGGUGCAUGUACAUCAGCCCCCCGAAAGACUGGUGGGACGCCGGGGACCCGUCUCUCCCCAUCAGGACGCCCGCCAUGAUUGGCUGCUCCUUCGUGGUCAACAGGAAGUUCUUCGGGGAAAUAGGUCUGCUGGACCCUGGCAUGGAUGUGUACGGGGGAGAAAAUAUCGAACUCGGAAUCAAGGUGUGGCUCUGCGGGGGCAGCAUGGAGGUCCUGCCUUGCUCACGAGUGGCCCACAUCGAGCGGAAGAAGAAACCUUACAACAGCAACAUUGGUUUCUACACCAAGAGGAACGCCCUCCGGGUUGCUGAGGUCUGGAUGGACGACUACAAGUCUCAUGUGUACAUAGCGUGGAACCUGCCACUGGAGAACGCGGGAAUUGACAUAGGCGAUGUGUCCGAGAGAAGAGCCUUGAGGAAGAGUUUAAAGUGCAAGAAUUUCCAGUGGUACCUGGACCACGUGUACCCAGAAAUGAGAAGAUACAAUAACACCGUCGCAUACGGGGAGCUUCGAAACAACAAGGCGAAAGACGUCUGCUUGGACCAGGGGCCACUGGAGAACCACACAGCAAUACUGUACCCGUGCCACGGCUGGGGACCCCAGCUUGCCCGCUACACCAAGGAGGGCUUCCUGCACUUGGGUGCCCUGGGGACCACCACACUUCUCCCUGACACCCGCUGCCUGGUGGACAACUCCAAGAGUCGGCUGCCCCAGCUCCUCGACUGUGACAAAGUCAAGAGCAGCCUGUACAAGCGCUGGAAUUUCAUUCAGAAUGGAGCCAUCAUGAAUAAGGGCACAGGGCGUUGUCUAGAGGUGGAGAACCGAGGCCUGGCUGGCAUUGACCUCAUCCUCCGCAGCUGCACGGGACAGAGGUGGACAAUUAAGAACUCGAUCAAGUAGCGAGGACUGGCAGGGGCCCCCAGAGCCCGGCCCCCGGGAGGGGGUCUGCCCGUCUUCUGGACCGGCCGUGCGGGUGGAGAGACAGCAGGAAGCCGGCAGGUGCUCAGCGGGCCUCCCGGGGUUUCUCCAGGGCAGCACGGGGGUCCCAGAGGGAGACGUGGUGUCCCCCCUUCGGCACUCAGCUGCCGUGGGGCCCGCGCUCCCUGGAAU